UUUUGGGACUGGGCCGCCAUUGAUAGAUCGCAACGUGCCCUCCGGGGUGCGAUAUGAUUAGGCCCAUGGCUCGGAGACGGCGCAUUGAGCAGCUUGGCGACCUGCUGGCCCAGCUGCCCCUUGCAUCUCGCCCCGUGUGAGGCUCAGCUGGGAUCGACGCGUCGACGACUACAAAUGCUACCCGUCCCCGGGGACGGGCAGUGUUCGAGCAGGAUGUAUCUGUGUCCACCUGCCGCCCAGCUCCCGCCCGCCGACCACCCAGCAUGAAGGGCCUCCUCUGCAGCGUCGCCGGCGCUCUGCUCACCCGCUCUGCAGCAGCGGUGAGCAUCUCCGAGAUCAAUGGCAACAAGUUCCUGUCGCCGUACAACGGCCAGAGCCUGACCAACAUCAGCGGCCUGGUCACUGCCAAGAGCUCCACGGGCGUCUUUGUCCGGUCCACGGCCCCGGACAAUGACACGGCAACGUCCGACUCCGCCUUCAUCUACAGCAGCAGCGUGGGCGGCUCGCUCAGUGUCGGAGACAUCAUCACCUUCAGCGCCAGGGUGAGCGAGUACAGGUCCAGUGGCUCUACAUACCUCUACCUGACCGAACUCACCUCGCCGACCAACGUCGUGGUUGUCUCCAGCAACAACACGGUCAAGCCUCUGGUGAUUGGCGAGGACACCCUGAACCCUCCGACCGAGCAGUUCUCCAGUCUUGACGGUGGCGACGUCUACGCCCUGCCCAAUGCUGUUGCCAACGUCUCAGCGGUGAACCCCGUCCUGGACCCGGCAAACUAUGGCCUUGACUUCUGGGAGAGUCUCAGUGCAGAGCUCGUCACGAUCAAGAACGUGACGAUCAUCUCCCGGCCCAGCUCGUUUGGCGAGACAUGGGUCACUGGCGGGUGGCCAGCGACGGGCCGCAGCGAGCGGGGGAGCCUGACCAUGACGGCCCUGGACUCAAACCCAGAGGUCAUCAAGAUCGACGAUCCCCUCGACGGCACAAAGAACCCAGCCGCGCCCAAGAUUGGAGACAGGGCGACCGAUAUCACGGGCGUUGUCUACCAGCAGUUCGGCGCUUACUACAUCCUGCCCCUGACAGCGUACCAGCUGACCGCCCUCGCUGAGGGGACGGCCCCACCCACGACCCUCGAGAGCACGCGGUCCUGCGAGGGGAUAACCGUUGGCGACUACAACGUCGAGAACCUGGCCCCGACAACUGCGAACCUCCAGGGCAGGGCGGACCACAUUGUCAACUACCUGGGCGCGCCCGACCUCGUGUUCGUGCAGGAGAUCCAGGACGGCAGCGGCCCGACCAACAAUGGCGUUGUCGACGGCAACGCCACCCUCACGGCGCUCGUCGACGCCAUCGCGGCCGUCGGCAACGUCACCUACUCCUUCGUGGAGAUUGCCCCCGAGGACGGAAAGGACGGUGGCCAGCCCGGAGGAAACAUCCGCGUGGCCUACCUGUACCGCCCCGAAGUGGUCAGCCUGUACAAGCCUAACCCGGGCGACAGCACCACGGCCACCGGGGUCGUGGCUGGUGAUUCCGGCCCGGAGCUCACCUUGAACCCCGGCCGGAUCGACCCGGCCAACCCGUGCUGGGAUGCCAGCCGGAAGCCGCUGGUGGCCACCUGGCUCGCGGAGGGCGCCACGAAGCCGUUCUUCACGGUAAACGUGCACUGGAGCUCCAAGGGCGGCAGCUCGAGCCUGCAGGGGGACCUGAGACCGCCUGUCAAUGGAGUGGUCAACAACAGGCUCAUCCAAGCCAACGUCACAGGCUCUUUCAUCGCCGAGAUCCUCGCCAUUGAUCCAUCGGCAGCAGUCAUAGCCGCAGGGGACUUCAACGAGUUCGCAUUCGUGGAGCCCCUUGUCACCUUUGCCGAGAUCUCUGGCCUGGCGGAGCUGGAUGAGGUUGUCGGCAUUCCUGUGGAGGAGCGGUACACGUACACCUUUGACAUGAACACUCAGGCCCUGGACCACAUGUACGUCAGCCCGGUGCUCGAGGAGGGUGCUGAAUACGAGCAUGUCCACGUCAACACGUGGGCGGUUGAGAAAGAUGUUGUGUCUGACCACGACCCGAGCGUCGCACGCUUUGGGGUAUGUGGAGCAUGAUGGGACUUGUGAUGUAGCCAGUGUGACCAAAGGCUCUUUAAAGAAAUCUGAAAGCAUUCAAUACAUUUCCUGAUGGUG